AUGUUCCAGUUCACGGCGCCUGCACUGCCGUGUGGCGGCAUCCAAACCAACCGAUCAGCCUCCGAGGUCGAGAGGUUCCGCGCUCGCCAUCGCCGCCUCUGUCGCGGCCAGCCGCAGUCUGCAGCGCUGUCACUAUCGUCCAAGGUCGACGCUCCCGACGAGGACGAAGGCCGCAAGCGCAAAAUCUCGGCCAAUUGGCGCCAGAAGCAGCGGCAGGAUCGACUCUGCAGCCAGUUCGAGGACGGCUACUGGCCCAAGUCGGCCGGCACCGAGAUGCACCUGGGCUUCAACGCCUUUGACUUCUCGUCAUCGCCCGAAGCCUUUUGCGACGAGCCGGUAGAGCCGGUGGAGGAAAAGAAACCAACUUCAUUAUACAAGCUGGAGGAGGAACCAGUGGAGCUUCCAGCUGAGUCGUCUUCUGACGGGGACAAGCAACAGAAGCAGACCAUGACCGAGGUGGCCAAGCAGGUGACGGCUAUGGGUUUCAACGGCGCCAAUCUGUGGCAGCGGAGGUUUCCGGGACUCGGACAGCUUGGUGGGCCAAUUCAACAACUUCCGAUGUAUGGCCAAAAUUCUAUGUGGGGAAUUCCGGUGCACUACGCCACGAUUGGCGAUCAACGACGAGCACUUUAUUACCAGCCCACGUUCUUCAUGUGA